AUGUCGGAGGCGGCGUUGUACGUGUUUAGUCUCAUCGAUGGAGCUUGCCUAUUAUUUCUCACUGUAUAUUUUGUAUCCUUCCAUCAACUUAUUAACUUUAAUAACUUAGCUACUUUUUUAUCUUUCAUUCGCUUAAAAGUGGAGAUGCGCCGCAAAUUUAGCCUAACACUUUGCGUCUAAAGCAAAAAAAAGUAUAAGAAAUGAGCCAAGUCGUUUAGUUUACAUGAUAUUGUAUCAUCUUCGACCUAAACAAACACUUCCACACUGCAUAAUUGUUACAAAGAAAUUGUCAUGAAUAUGAUUGCUGUCAAUAUUUUUCACGUAAUUAUUUAUUUCAUACACAUUUACGAGUGAAUUUUUCGUAGCGAAAAAAAAAUUAUAUGUAUGAGCUUUAUUUGUCUUGUGGAAAUUCCUUGACAUGCAAUUUGUGUAAAAUAAUCAGAUCAUUAAUUUAUCGGACUUAGAGUGCGACUACAUCAAUGCAACUACAUGCUGUCGAAGACUUAACGUGGUAGGUGUUUAACAAGAGUUAUUGAACCUGGUCUUUUUCUAAAAAUCAUACAGUCUAUCUGACAUCUUCUAACCACACCCAGUUAAGAUACAAGUCUUAAUUUAAGUGCCAGAGACAAAAAUAUUUUAUAGAUUGCUAUUUUCCAGGGUAUACCGUUUAAUCCAGUAAAUAAUUACACCAUUUAUUACAGGUGAAAUCCCUGAAAUAUCUUUAAAUUCCUACUUUUUGUGCUCUGUCAAUCAACAGGGAUUGCAUUUACCAACACAGCAAUAAAUUCUGUGUAGCCAAUCCAAUACAAGAUCACUCCACCUCCUUUGGUUGAGCUACAGUAAAGUGGGAAACAAAAACCUGCAACUUGUUUUGAAACAUUGCUGUGAAAUGAGUCGAAGGGCAAUGUUGUGCAUUUAACCACCCACAUUCGAACCUGUCUUCAAAAAAUCAGGUUGCUGCAAGGUGUGUGAAUACUGCCCUCUGAGUGGAUAAAAUUGUGCUGUAGUCAUGCCUUACUUGGGAGUUAAGUCAAUUGUUGCAGCAACAUGUACAGAACUAACUCUCUACAUUCUGCAACAAAUUUUCACAACCUACAACAAUCUCAUUUGUCGCAAGAUGAUUCCUGGCCAGAAGGGUGUCCAUGCAGCCGUCCCAUGGACACCCUUUUUUGGAAGGAAUACAAGGAAAUUCACUUAAUCUCUUAUAAUUUAAUGGGAAACAUGUCUUCUGGACGGCCAGUUUUCAAGGUCUGGCUAGAAGCCUGUUCCUGGGGGGUAAAAUGUGCCACAUUGCUAUUCAACUUAUUUAGCAGCAACAUUGCUAAAUAGUUUCCCCCUUUUCACCCUACCCUUAAAUUCACUUGACACAGUCCAGUGAUUGCAUGUGAUACACUGUCUUGGAACACUGUUCUUAAUUUAUAAACAUUGUGCUUGAAAAGUAUGGUACAGACGUUAGUGAAGUUAGCACCUUUUGCAUUCAGAUUUUUUCUGGGUCCUUGAUGACAUUGUUUUUAUUUUCAGUGGAUUCUACCAGAAAUGGUUGCUCAUGGAGUUAUAACUGUACUUCUCCUCGUCCAUUUCCAGUGGAUAUUUUUCUUAAUCAAUGCUCCUUUAUCAGGGUGGCUUAUUUAUAGGUGGGUCUAAUUUCAUGAUGUUACAUUAGAAAUUUGCUUUGCCAAAGAUGCAAUAGUAAUUUGCACUGCCCUGAUUUUUGUUAACAAAUGCAACUCAGAUUUUUUUUCUGAGUUUUAUUUAUUGCUCAGAGAGUACUUAUGUGAAUGUGUGGUGCAGUUAAUUUGUGUGUUUAUUUAACAUAAUGUGACUUCCAGAUGCAGUUGUUAUGUCAGCCCACAAAUUACCCGCUCAUCACUAGAGUUCUUAGUAGAUCAUUGGUUAGAGCAUCCCACUAGUGUCUGGAGGGUCAUGGGUUCAAUUCUGAGUCCUUCUCUCCACACAUAUCUUUCUAUCUAUAAUUUAAAUGUAGUUAGGUGAUCCAAAAUUGAUUUAUUUGCCAGCACCAACAAUAACAUUAUUGGAAAUCACAUCAUUCCUUGAACAACCCCCUUUUGCCUCUCCUUUGUGCCAAAUAUAAAGCAAGUGUGUUUUUGAGGCAGAGAAUAAAACUUAAUAGCUUGAGGAGGCAGGGCGGGGGGGAGUGUUGUAGGUGUCUUGUGAAUCCGUGUUCACUGCUUCACAAAAACCAACUACAAUCAGUGACAGACUUAUUUUAGACAGUUUGUCCUCAAUAUUAUUUUCUCUCACUUUACUGACACUCAAACUACAUGUAACUUUCAAAAGGAAAAUGCCAUCUUCCUCCCCCCAUUUUCUUACUUCCCCAAUCUUGCUAAAAAUAAUGUUAUCCUACUGUUCAAGUUACCUGACUGUAGGAAACCAGAAAACAAGCCACACUAUUUGGUUAAGAGUUCUGAGCUGAUAUCUGACAAAGAUAUAUAUAUCUACUAACUAAAUUCUUCUUUGUGUAUUUUGUUAGAUUUGUUAAUAAACCAGCUGGAAAUGUUGGGUUGUAUGACCCAGCAGAGAUUCAUAACAGGCAUGAAUUAAAGGGGUUUCUCAAAGAAGCUAUGAUCAAACUUGGAUUUCAUCUUGUAUUUUUUUUCCUUUAUCUUUACAGGUAA